GCUGUCAAAGUUUUGGCAUCACUCCCAAAGACCAAGUUGCCACAAGCUAGUGUUCAGUUUUGGCCCUCGUCUGAAGUGGUGACAUCAGUGCCACGAGUGUCAUUUGUGCUGCACCAUUCACACCCAAUCAUCACGCACCCCUCCCCCACCCGCACCCGUAGUUCACCAGUGCUCAUGAUCCAAGCUCAACCCCAAACCGAGACCCUGGAUGAACCAUUGACAUUGGCUUUGUUGCCCGGCGGACCUCCAGCCUCAGCCACGACAACAAUCUCAUCGCCACCCUCACUACCCGCCUCCAGUUCUUCAUCUCGUGGACGGCCCUCCUCGACAUCAGUCACCAUGUUUCGUGAACGGUAUCCAAGUUCAUCCACGGAUGAACACUCCUCCUCCGAGGAGUAUUCACGACCGAGACCACCAACGGCGAGGAAGCGCCGUGGAAACUUGCCCAAGGAAUCCAUCAAGGUGUUGAAGCGAUGGCUCUUCGAGCACCGCUACAAUGCCUAUCCCAAUGACAGCGAGAAGGCUCUCCUGGCCAAUGAGUCGGGUCUGACACUCCUGCAGGUGUGCAACUGGUUCAUUAAUGCCAGGCGUCGAAUCCUUCCGGAAAUGAUCCGCAGGGAGGGAAAUGACCCGGGCAGGUACACGAUCUCUCGCAGGGGUAAGAAAGUACCCACCAAUGGGACAAUAACCAACGCGGUCAGUAAUUCCAACUCGUCCGUGUCUUUGGACGCAAGAAACAACCAUUGGGCCAACACCAUCAAUGCCGGAAAGACCACCGACCAAGAGAUUGCCGAGUCCAUCACCAUGUACAGAGGAACAGAUGACACCGACGACAACCGAGAGGACGAAUCUGACUCUGAGAUGUCUUGCAACGAGGACAGCAGCAGUGGGAGUGGGGGAUUUGGUGGUCGCGACUAUCCCCGCCCUCCGGUCAUGAGCGAUGGCACACCCUCCAUUUGUGUUAGGAACAUCAUGGCCAAGUGUCCUUGCGGGUGUUCGGAUGGGAAUUGUAAUUUCACACCCCAAGAGCAGUCGCCCAUGGACUCACCUCAGGCCUCACCCAUCAAGGCCAUCACCACACCACUAGCCAUUACCCCCUCCCUCACUGCAGCUGCUGCCACCUCCCCUCUUUCGUCACAACCGCCUUCAAGCAAGCGGAUCGCCUUAUCUCGGGUAGCCUACACCCCGGAGACCACUGAUCUGCCUUUGGACAUGUCCAAGACCAGUCCCACCUUCAAGUCAUCCUUGGUGGGUUUCAGGAACGCUCCCGAUCACGCCUACUCCUCCGAAGUCACUCCCCCUCCCACCCCACCAGAGUUGGAGAGGGAGAAGUUCACCAUGCUGCACAUGCUGUGCGAGGUAGCGAUCCGGAGGGAAGAGAUGCUCUCGGUUGGGACCAACCAGACCGGCCAAGUGUGUGCCUAAACCAAGGAAGACAACCUCAAACACACACCCAUCAACCAAGCAACCAACCCGCCGGCCAAUCAGUCAGCCAGCUAACCAGCCAGCCAGCCAGCCAGCCAACCUACCUACCAGCCUACCUGCCUACGUGCCAUUGGGAGGUGAGUGGGACAUGAGAUGGGCCCAUUCAGUUUGAUGGACGCUCCGGUCGUCCCGAGAGUGGGGUUGGGAUGGUGUCGUGUGGAACACUAUCUCUUGCACCACUCCAUAAUAUACUUAUUUUGCUAGUCCCCAAAGUUCUUCGCAUCCUCAACGACGGCGCAUCCUCUUUAUUCUGGUGGAUUUCGCCGCCUCUCCACCCCUGGAGGAUGGGAAGGAGCUAGUUUGUUUAAUGCCGCAAAAAUACGAAAAACAGAUUGUUUUAUAUGAAGAGGGUUCUAUCGGCCAGUGCGUCGAAGAAGACCUAUACAAAAAUAUCACACAUUCGCACACACAAACAUGUAGUUGAAGAGUGUAAAUAGAGAAACACCCCACUCGCCCUUCUUUUGAGCCAAAGUGCAGCCAACAUGAUGACUUGGAGUUUGCUACAGAAUAAUAAGCAUUAACGUAAUUCCACUUCAUUGCCCAGCUGUCGGCCCUGUGGUAUUGAUUGUAACGAUUCAUUAUCCCCCUUUCUCCUCCUCUUUUUGAAUCAGGAGUCAAACAAUUAACCAACGAUCAGCUGUUACCAAUUCAAAGAUUUUAUUGGACAUUCAUCUCGACCCUUCUACAUCCCUUGUUUAUAAGAAGAAAAAAAAGAAUAUAUAUCUAUCUAUAUGAACGAGUUGUUCUCCAACCCUCACUUGCUCUUGAAACGAAAACUCCCAUUAACAGUCCAAGAAACCACUUGUAUCAAAUUCACAUUGUACCAUACCAAACCUCCCGUCGUCGAUCCCUGUUUGAAGGGAGGCAAAUCGAUUGAACAAUCAAUAUCAAAAACAAUUUGUCCCUGCCCCCUUGUUUUACCCCCCUCUCUCUCUUUUCCUGCCCAAUGGCUUGUUCUUCCUUCACAUCAACACCAAUAGACACUUUCCAUUACCAGUUAUCUCUAUUUUUCUCUCCAAAACCGUAUCUCCACAAUUCGAUUGAUGUCUGUGUGUGAGCUGCUGCAGUGUAAUUGACCAACUCAAGUGAUCUCAAUAUGAAAAAUAAUCGCUCAUUUAUUACAUUGUGAAUGUCGCAAAAAAAUAUUAUAACAAGUCCGAAAUUCUUUAACUGAAUCGUUUCUCUCGCUCAUCGAGAAUCUUCAUUUUUAAGACACGACUAUCUUUCCCUGUCCGUUAUUAGACUUAUCACUCAAAUAAUUCAACCACAGCUCGUUUUCGCAUCUUUCACGGCACCACUUCUCGCCGCAAAGAUUGAAAAACAACAUGCACCUAAGUUCCUACGUUCUUCCCCAAGUAGCCGUACCAAUCUCGGUUCUUCAAUUUCGUCAUUCCCAAGAAGGCGCUCCACAAGGAACGUUUCUUGGGCCUCUUUGACUCUUCCUCCUCUUCCUCUACUUCUACUUCCUCUAUCAAUCAGCCUCUCAAGCAAAGCUGGUUAGAACCAGCUUUCACCACAGGAACGCUCAAGACUCGCCAUUGUUAAAUUCAAUACUAAUACGAUGACAACUCUCUACACACGAACAUGUGUCACCGUAAGCACGCACACACAGAUUCACUUGCAAUCUCUACACUUGUAGAUUUUUUUUUAAAAACAAAAAUUCUUACCUUGCAUCCUUCAAGAGUUUCAAGGAACAAAAUCUACUUCCCGUACUUUUACUGCCCAAACAGAACAGAAAGAAAGAAAACAACAACAACAACCGCCAAUGUACCUAAUUUCCUAUCAUCAAAAGUGUCUAUACAAACAAGAACAGUACACCAUUUUCAACCAGCCCUUGAUUCGCUCUCACCACAGGCGACAAUAAACAGAACAAGAUCCAGCCUCUCUUGGGAUGCUACCACUUCCGUGGGGGUGAAAAAUUGAUGGACUUUGCUGUAGAUGAGAAAAUAAUAGAUCGAGACAGACAGGGAGCGAGAUGAAUCUCAUCUUCUCCUUGGACUCGAAUCUUUUAAAGCGGUUGAUGGGUGGUUGUCGUGGAGGAAGGAUGUUCCACCAAGUGGACCACAUAUAUAGACUUACACUCACACAUCCUGGCCUCAUCAAAAGUGCCCAUCCCCUCUUGUAGCUGCUAUUUUUGCUAAAAAUCCAGGCCAUUCUUUAAAAGGUCGUGCCCAAGUUAUUCUGUAUAUUUUUCGAAGUUAUAUAUUAAUGAUCCAAGGUCGUUGUGGGCUUUGAAAAAUGAGAAUAACCACAUGUUUUGUAGUUUUCUUACCAAAAGAGCAUAUGGAUGAGAAACUUUUAAGAUGACAGUGUGUGUGUGCAAAUCAAGAUUAUAUAGUAACGUAACUUCAACCUACUCCUACUCCAACCCCCACCCAAUCUCCUUGUCCUUUAUCGUUCUAUUGUCAAGAAAAAGGCCAUUCUGUUUCUUAUUUGCCAUGUUCACCAACCAAUCAAUCAAUCAAUCCAGAUGUCAAUCUGGAUGCAGGAGUCAACACUUUAGUCAAUUUUAAUUCUUCUUCCAUGUACAUUGACAGUUUCCAUCAUUUCCCUUUCUCUCUCUCUCUCUCUGUGUGUGUCUCUCGAAUUAGAUCCAUUCAGGCAUCUUUCAUGGCUUCGUUUGAUUUAGCCCUGUGUUGUAAUUUUUUUCUUGCUUUCCUUACUCUUCCACCCUUUGAUUGAAAUCUAUUUCCAUCCAAAAAGCAAAAAAGACCUCGCAUAUUUUACCGAGUCAUGAAUUGUAGAACAAGACUUUUUUUAUUGUGCAAAGAUUGUUACUUUGCCCGACCUUCUUGCUUUGGGAGACCCGAUUUCAGUGUUCUGAGGUGUUCCCAGAACGUCCUUGGGAUUCUUGGUCGGAUCUCCCUUUGGAAAAUCAUUUUCGACGCUGGAACUUGACCUUUCGAUCCUCCUUUGUCGCAGUAUUACUUUACCCGCAAACGAAACGCCACACUACUUUGAAGCACAUUAAAUGGACAGUUGGUCUACCUGAGUUUCUUGAGUUUCUUUAAAGAACUGUUUUUGUCAAAAGAAAGCUUGUCUGAUUUAAAAAAUGUUGAUAAUCCGAUAAUUUAUCGUAAAUCACCGCCACAGUCACCACAAACACUACCAUUUCUCUGAUUUCUCUUCAGUCCCCCCUUUACUCCUUCCAUCCCGCCCAUUCAUCGUUUUCGAGGCAUUUGUCAAUUUGGGGACUCCUGAGAGAGGACUAGAACACAUUCUGGUCGGACAGUUUCUUUUUGGACCCGUUAUUCCCUAACUCUGACUUUGAGGUGGGGCCAAUCACCCAAAAGCAAUAAGAAGCUGGGAACACUCAUACCUAGAGAAUGAUUGCUUGGUCCUGGGAAUAUGUUGAUGGCCAGCCAGUUUGCUCCUCUCUUGGGGGAAUGACUGAGAAGCAUUGCUUCCUCUUCCCCCAUAGACUUCCUUGCUCACCUUUAGCUGCAUCCUGCCUCUGUAAACGAACGCAUUUAAUGGUCCAUUUUGUGGGUCCAAAAUGUGCGAGGCCAGAAUAAGAAAUCACGAUUGUGCCAUACAAACAUUCUCAUAACUAUGUUUUUGGCUUACAUUAAGAUGAGCUCCCCACAUUUUCCUCAGUUUUCUAAGCGAAUAUAUUCGUUUCCUUUCGCCCAAUCUCUAAGAUUCCACCACAUAGAAGCUUCCUUUGGCAAUAAUGAUAAUAAUUACUUCUUCCCCCCCCCGUCCCCCUUUUUCUAGCCCUCUGUUUGUCAUCGACUGUUCAAAGAACUUGUAGAACGAACGACCUUGAUUGAAGAUCUUGCCUGUCACUUCGGCCAAUGUGAUAUUUGUAACGUUGCAAAGAUAUUAUUUUGACGCAAGGAAAUCCGAAUUUUGAUUAAGGUUCGGUUAGCAGAACUUAGUAGAAGAACGACAGAACGAACGAACCCCCUCCUCCCCAAACUUUGCUCACUUCUUCAAGGCAAGAAAACUCUCACACACAAAUCCAAGUGAUAAUGAUAAAUAAUUGCUUGUUACUUGAACUCGUUUCGGUCAAGGUCAUGCAUGGCAUUCUAGCGACACAGCAACAAAAUAAAAAAGAUCUUCUUUAUUUGUUUUCGAUGCAAUACCUCUUUCUUCUCCAAAACCGAGGAACAUGGCUUCUUUGCCCAGUUAUCUAGUAAUAAGAGUUGUUGCCCAUUCUAUUUUUGAAGUGAUGCCAAGAUUUUCAACCAAGUUCGGAACAAAGCUAAACAACCAACCAACCAACCAACCUCGUUUGAGCACUCUUCCCCCUAAUCCUGGUUACCAUUUAACAUGGUGAUAUUUGUAACAAAAUCGCCUUGAACCCCACCCCUCUACCAAACAUUUUAAUUACAAUCUGCUAAAUACAAUACUACUACUAUUAUUAUUAUCAUUAUUAUUAUUAUUAUCAUAACUAAAAUGACCAUUAUUAUUAUCAUUACCACUACAACAUACUACAAUUACUAUCAUUACAGUAACUACUGCUACAACAAUUGCUGCUACUACUACUACUCCUUCUUCUACUGAUACUACAACUAUUGCUAUUAUUACUGCUACUGCUACUACUCCUUCUCCUUCUAUUGGUAUCGCUAGUACUACUACAACAACAACUACUACUACUACUCUUACUGCUACUACUACUAUUACCACUACUACUACUACAACUACUACUUGCGGAAUGAAAGACGAGUCAAAAAAAUUCAAAACAAAAAAGAAGUUUUAUAAAAAAAAAAAAUGCGUGUAUUUGUAUCACACCGACACCAUAUAUUAUAUUUACUUUUGAAAAAGACAUUUUAAAUAUACAUCCGUAAAUUUAAAA